AUGCGCCAAAAGCCACAUCGAAUCUAUGAGUUGCGAGAUGAAAAGGAAUUCCACGCAGCGGGACCUUUAAUUGUUCAAAAACAAAAAUUCUUAAGCAAGGAAUUAGAAAUGAUGGCAUUAGAGGAUCAAAUGGACAAGGUGACUGCAAAAGAAAAAAAGAUUGAAAUGAAAUUAAAGAAAAAAGCUAAAUUAUCAUUGAAGAUUGAAGUGAGAAAAUUGAAUAAUCAAAUAAGAUGUGGAAAAGAUGAAAAAGAAAAGAAAAUUUUGGAGGGGGAGAAGGAAGAUUAUGAAGGUGAAAUAAAAGAUUUGGAGAAGAAAGAAGAGAAAUUGGAGGCGGAGAAGAAGAAGUGGGGAGACCAGGUGAUAAAUUUGCAGAAUGCGUUGAUUGAAUUUGGUAAAGGUGAAGGUGCAAUCAAACAGCUAACGGAACAAGAACUUUUCCGAGUAGUUAUUCCCACCCCUGAACUUCUUUCAAUUAAGACAAAGACCACAACAAAGGCAGCAACAAGGAAAGUUCCUAAUCAACCAGUUCUGAUCUGGAAUGACUUUCUUGCUAAUGCCUUUAAUGCAUCAACAACUCUUGACACAAGCAACUGUAUAUUUAGCAAGCCUGACAUCGAUGGUGCUUUAUAUGUUGAAGAUUCUGCUGUUGAUAUGUUUUUGAAUACGAUGGCUGCUAUUAACAAUAAAAGAUUAAUUCUUUUACACAGACCAGAAAGUUGGGGUAAGCAUUAUAUGUUUCAAGGAGUUAAAGGUCAACCAGAUGCAAUACGCUGUAGUGCUGAUAAUAAAACCCUCUUGAAAAAUUUAAAAGCCUCUCAGAUACUUUCAAUAGUAGAAGUUAAACCUGAACAGUUAAUGAGAAGUUUGAUAAAAGAUGGAGCUGAAUUGUCUGAGGCAUAUAACACAGCAUUGACAGUGGAUGAUGAUGGAACAACAGAAUAUAAUAGGCAUCAAAAAAUUAUUAGAAUCAUUAGACAAAUAUUUGGAUAUAUGGUUGUUAAUGACCUACAAUAUGGCUUGCUUACAACAUACAUUCGAACAUGGUUUUUUUACUGUCAAUCUCGAAAUCCGGACAUAAUUUACAUUUCUCCUGCAGUUUAUAUCAAUCAGGGCCACACAGAUAAUUAUGCCUCGUUCUCUGAAUGUGUACGUUCUAAGAAAAAGGGUGUUUUUAAGAAUGCUUUGAGGGUAUUCACUCGUAGCAUGUCAAAAAAAGGUAAAGAAACAGCAAUUAGCAAUGAUGAACUUCUGAAAAACAUGAAAAAUUAUAAACGUAACCAAAUUUCUUUUGGUGAUUUGUUGGGAGGUGGUCGAUCUGGUGCUGUUUUUACAGCCAAGUUUUAUGAAAAAAUAGGUGUUCUUAAAAUGGUUGACUUGUAUAAAAAGGAGUAUCUGGUAACUGAAAUGCUAAAUGAAAUUAAAAUCUACCUUGGACCUCUUGUGGACAUCCAGGAAAUUUUCAUACCAAAGCUUCUAAAAUAUGGAGUUCUUCAUGAAGCUUUUGUAUUUAUUUUUAUUCCAUUUGCCGGAAGAUCUUUUGCAGAGCUAGGAAAUAAUGUCACAAAAGAAGAGAAGAAGUUGGCUAUUUUGGGCUUACAAGCAAUACAUGCAAGAGGGGUAAUGCAUGGAGAUGUCAGAUUAGAGAAUGUAAUGGUAAAGAGAGAUGGAUUGGUGGGUAAGACUCUUGUGUGGUGGAUUGACUUUGCAUGGAGCAGAAUGGGAUGCAAUGAAAAAGUUCUGAAUAUGGAGUUGAUUGAGUUGAAACGUUUACUUGGCAUGACAACCAUUGACAUAAACACUAUUGCAGAGCCAUCCUUGAAGAAGAGGGAUAAAGAAAAUGAUGAUAAGGUUUUAAAAUGGACAAAGACUGAUUCAAAUUAUAAUGAGGACAAGACAGAUUUGGAUUUGGAUGAGAUAGACUAUAACAAUUGCAAUAUUGACCCAAACAUUGAAUUAUUGGAGAAACAGAUACUGGUACAAAGUAUCCUGAUAAAGACAGAACAUUAG